AUGAGUGGGACUGCCUUGGUGACUGGUGCAGCUUCGGGGAUCGGUCGUGAAGUGGUAUUGACACUUGCAAGAGGUGGGAUUGAUGCACUGGCCCUAGCAGAUGUGAACGAAUCUGGACUCUCAGUCACAGAGCAACUAGCUCUGCAAAUUGCACCAAAAGCUCGAAUGCAAAAGUUCACGGUCGACAUUGGGAGGAAAGAACAAGUGGACGAAAUGCUUGCAUGGACUGUAAGUAAUUUUGGACGGCUGAACUAUGCUAUCAAUGCUGCUUCGGUAUGUAUUUCCCGCGGCGAAGCAAUCUCUCUAAAUCGAGUCAUCCCACAGCUCCCUCCUCCUGCUCCAUACUCGAUUGCAGACCUUCCGAUUGAAGAGUAUGAUCGAAUCUGCAAUGUCAACGCCCGUGGUACGCUGCUGUGCAUGCAAGCCGAGAUAAAGGCAAUGCUUAAGCAAGAACCAAUUCAAACCCUGACAUAUAAGACUGCACACCCCCCCGAACGAGGAACCAUAGUCAACUUGGCAUCGCUCGCGGGAAUUGGCGGUAUCAGCCAGAUGGGCCCGUACGUCGCUUCAAAGCACGUCGUGGUUGGACUUACUCGGACUGCGGCCUUGGAAUAUGCGAGGAAGGGUAUCCGGGUGAACGCCAUUUGUCCGGCCCAGAUCGCGACGCCAAUGAUUACGGCAACGCUGCAGGGACGAGGCAUUGAUACAAACGAGAAAGAGUCGGCCGCUUAUCACGCCAAUGUGGCAGCCAAGAUUCCCACCGGCCGAUAUGGAUAUGCAGAGGAAGUAGCGGAUGUCUGUGUGUUUCUAGCUAGCAGUCAUUCCACCUUUAUCAACGGAGUCACACUGAAUGUGGAUGGAGGUGUAAUGGCCGCGACGAGUUUCUAUGAGCCGGUGGACUAA